AAUGUUGUAUAUUCCUGCGCAUGCUAAACAAUUACAAGUUGUGCGCUGAAAAAAUCACUUGUUUGACGUUUUGCAAUCGCAAAAAAAAAUUGAUAAAUUAAUAAAAGCGUUUGCCUGUUGAAAAUGACUUGUAAAUUAAUGUUGCUGUCGUUGCAAGCAAAAGCUUAAGCUACUAAAUAUCAAGCUUAUAACAUUUUGCUAUUCAAAGUCCGGCAAAAGUCGGCAAAACCCACGCAUUAAAAAAGAAAGAAAAAAUGUCACCCUUGUCUAAUGCAAGUCCAAUGAUAUCCACCAAGUUAAGUCCAUUUGUGUAUUGGUCGCAAACCAAGUACACGCUAUUGCUGAAGGUGGACCUCAAAGAUGCACAAGGCGUCAUUGCGGAUUUCACCCCCACAACGCUGUCGUUCCGAGCCAAUGGUGUUGGAGCACGCGGUCGGAAUGCAUACAAGUUUCAGAUGCAUUUCUAUCAGGAGGUCGAUGAUGAGAACCCCGCACUUACUGUGACAGACCACAAGAUUGAGCUGGUCAUAAACAAAACGUAUCCGGGUUGGUGGGAGCGUCUGGUGGCAACGCCACAGAAACCACAUUGGCUUCGGGUUGACUUCGAUCGUUGGCGUACCGAAGACGAUGGUGAGAUUAACGAGCCGCCGGGCGAAGAUCGAGAAAGGCGCGAUGUGCGGGAUGUGCGCGAGGAUUAUGUAGAUGAAUAUAACAAUCUCCAGAAGCAGGAAAUCGGUUAUAUUCGGGAAAAUGCCAAGAAGGUUUAUUUGGUCAUCUACAAUCUGGCCAUGUUUGUUGGUUAUCUGCACAUUCUGAUCAUCAUGGGCGUGCUCUAUAUCCGGGACGGACCUGCUAGCAUAAAGCAUACGUACGAGUAUGUCGGCACAUCAUUUAAGUUUGUACAACUGAUGCAAUAUAUGGAGGUAAUGCAUCCACUAUUUGGCUACUCUAAGGGCAGCCCGUUGGUGCCGUUCUUUCAAAUCUCCGGGCGCAACUUUAUACUCUUCCUAAUGAUCGAAAUGGAGCCGCGCAUGCAUGCCAAGCCAGUGGUCUUCUAUGUAUUCAUUAUAUGGUCACUAGUGGAACUGGUGCGGUAUCCCUACUAUGUUAGCCAGCUGUUAAAACGGGAGAACGGCUUACUCACCUGGCUGCGCUACACUAUUUGGAUUCCGCUCUAUCCGAUGGGCAUUAUCUGCGAGGGAGUUAUACUGCUGCGCAGCAUACCCUACCUGGAGCAAACGAAACGCUUUAGCGUUGAUAUGCCCAACAAAUGGAACUCGACCUUUGACAUGGUUAUGUUUGUGAAAGUGUAUCUGUUGCUUCUCGCUCUGCCGGGCAGCUAUUUGGUCAUGUCGCACAUGUCCAAGCUGCGCGCCAAGAAGCUGGGUCGCGGUCGCUCCAAAUCGAAACUAAACUAAGAAUCACCCAAUGAUCUUAAGAAAGAUUCCAUUAUCUAUGUUUACACACUAGUCCCCCAAAAAUGUUACGUUUUUUGUUUUUCAAAUUUUCGCUCAAUUGUUUUCGUUGAAGCCGAUUCAAGAUGACAUAAAAAUACAAUGACAAGUUUAAAUACCUAGUUAAUAUGUAUAACAAAUGCACAGUCAAAGAUUUAAAUUCACGCAGUUUGCAUUAAAAAAAAUGUAAUUUAAUAAGAUUUGACAUACUUUCAAUUUAUUGAUAUCAAUAAAAUCUCUUUCACUUUCUUUGAAAACAAAUCGAAUAUGAAAUAAGAGUAUCAAUAGACGUUUAAAAUAUCCGGAAAAUCUUAUAAAGACUUUUUUGUCAUGAUGAUCAUGGAUAAUGCUAGGCUAUAAUAAUUUUCAUUUUAUUAUUUGUUAUAUAUGGCAUAGUCAUUUAUUAUUUACGCCACAUAUUGAUCAUUUUGUUUAUUCGGUGCGGUUACUGAUUUAAUAAGUAAACCUCUACUUAAAUGGUAUUUGCAUACAUAGUGUUUACAUGCACUUAAAUUGUCGCUUAAUCUACAUUUAAUUGUGUUCCCCUAUGUAUGUUUGUGUUGAGGGGUAGUAAAAGGCAAGCUUAAAUAAUUUUUUAGAAUUUUUUGUUGACACUUGAUAUCAGAUUGACAAGUACUGUAAAUAAAAAAUUGUAAGAACAGACAUUUGUAUAAAAAAUAAUUGUGUACAGAUCAUACAAUUUUUGAUUCGGUUCACUUGGACAACGCUCCAUAAAAAUGUAGACGGAAUCAGACAGAUACAUAUUAUUUACAAAGGGUGUUGUGUCAAACUCCUCAGUGUGUUACCAAUAUUCAUUGACUGAAUUCUAAUACCAUCUAUAAUCUAAAUUAAUUGGAUUUAAAAAAUAUAUUGAACAUUCACAUACCAACA